GAUGAGAUGAGGACCCUAGAUUUUGCUUGGGCUGGCAACUUUGCCUUGGCGUGAAGUAAAUGCUAUCCCCUAGGCUUGGGUUUCGCCCCGUCGAUUGGAGUUUAAAUGAGACAAUACGAGCCAAACUGGAGCCCUAGAGGCUGAAAGCAUAGAGGAUCCAUCACCCUAAGUUCAGGGUCCACUGGGACUCAAUCGGUGGUUCUGUUGCGUCCGACUUCCUUUAUAAAGAUGACCCUGCCCUGUGGUGGCCGGAGGCCUUUCGUUCAGCCAUCGCUCUUUUUCAUAUAUACCCUAUUAAUCGCCAACCCUCGUCCUCCAUUAUACCCUCUUUAAGAUUCAUUUCAGCCUUUUGUGGAUCACUAUGCAUUCGAAGAUCCUGAACGUUCUUUUCCUAUCAGCCCUAACUGCUGCUGCUGCGGUUGAGGAGAGGCAAUAUGGCGGCUCCAACAGUGGAGACGACUACUAUAACAGCCUGAUGAGCGAGCUCAACAGCCUGGCAACCGAAACCAACUAUAUGGAUUACCUCACGGCCUACAGCGACCUCCCCACCGACUACAGUGCGUACUUGCCUGCUGCUACCAACCUUGGCUCUAACUCCGGCUCCAAUGGCGGCUCCUCCGAAACCUUCCCCGCGGUGACCGCUGCUCCCAGUGUCAGCAUUCCGUCCGGCCUUGGAUUCGAUAUGCCUCCUCCCUCGAUCGAGUCUGUGCUCGCUACCGCCAUUCCACCAUCCUACUUGUCACAGCUGGCAAACCCAACGGCCGCCUCCUCUAUCAUCAGCGAGAUCCAACACGGCCACUAUCCUUCCUGGUAUCAGGAGCUCCCUAGCAGCGUCAAGGCAUGGAUCACCAGCCACUAUGGUACCGGCAAUACCGCCGUCGCGACCGGAGCGUCGUCUGGUUCGUCGGGCAGCUCUGGAUCUGGCGGUGCUACUCAUGGCAACGCUGCCUCAACUGGUCUGCUUGCCACUGGCUUCAUGGGUGCUGUAGCCAUCCUGGCCGUGGCAGUCAUGUUGUAAAUUUCACAGAAAGAAAUUUGUCUCGUCACGUGGUCCAAUUUUUGGUGGCUUCGUUUCACAGAAACGCUCGAAGGAAGGGUUUACGUUUUUACUCGUCUUGUAAUUAGUAUUAAAUUUACAUUGAUCCGAUUCUUUCUCAUGAAC